UGUUUUGUCACGUGACAAGGUGGCAGUGAGGUGAAUGCGCCGGGUCAAAUUUAUGAAGAACGGUAAAAAAUUCACGCGUAUUAACUGACACAAUAGCUUAAAUAUUUACGAAAAUGGAUCUUCGUAAAUUAACAGAAUUAUUACGUGCUACUAUUGACCCUUCUCAACAAAAGCAAGCUGAAGAUCAAUUGAAUCAGAUUCACAAGAUUAUAGGUUUUGCUCCUACUCUUUUACAAGUAGUUAUGUCAGCUGAAGUUGACAUGCCUGUCCGGCAAGCCGGUGUUAUAUAUUUGAAAAAUUUAAUUACCACAAAUUGGGCUGACAGAGAAGCUGAAAAUGGACCUGUAGAAUUUAGUAUUCAUGAACAAGAUCGUGCUAUGAUACGUGAUGCAAUAGUGGAUGCUGUGGUUCAUGCACCUGAAUUGAUUAGAGUGCAACUAGCAGUAUGCAUUAGCAAUAUAGUAAAACAUGAUUUCCCUGGAAGAUGGACUCAAAUUGUUGAUAAAAUUACAAUAUAUCUUCAAAAUCCUGAUGCUUCUUGCUGGCCUGGUGUUCUCCUUGCAUUAUAUCAACUUGUCAAAAACUUUGAGUACAAGAAAGCAGAAGAAAGGGGACCAUUGAACGAAGCAAUGAAUUUACUUUUCCCUAUGAUUUACCAAUUGAUAUUACGUUUAUUGCCAGAUUCAUCUGAACAAUCAGUUUUACUUCAAACACAAAUUUUGAAAAUCUUUUUUGCACUUACUCAGUAUACGCUGCCUCUUGAUCUUAUAUCGAAAGAAGUGUUCUCCCAAUGGAUGGACAUAGUACGACAAGUAGCUGAUAGGCCUGUCCCACCAGAGACUAAUAAUCCUAAUUUAGACGACGAGGAACGUGUAGAACUUCCUUGGUGGAAAUGUAAAAAAUGGGCUUUACAUAUUCUUCAUAGAAUGUUUGAGAGAUAUGGUAGUCCUGGUAAUGUAACCAAAGAAUAUAAAGAAUUUUCAGAAUGGUAUCUUGAAACAUUUAGUGGUGGAAUUUUAGAAGUUCUUUUAAAGAUUUUGGAUCAAUACAGAAGAAAAAUCUUUGUCUCUCCUAGAGUGAUACAACAAUCAAUUAAUUAUAUUAACCAAGGUGUUAGUCAUGCUUUUUCUUGGAAGUUUUUGAAGCCUCAUAUGUUUGAGAUCAUUCGUGAUGUGCUAUUUCCUAUUCUUUCAUACUCUGCUACUGAUGAGGAAUUAUGGAAUAACGAUCCAUAUGAAUACAUAAGAGUCAAAUUUGAUAUUUUUGAGGACUUUGUAUCUCCAGUAACAGCAGCACAGACCUUAUUGCAUUCUGCAUGCAAAAAACGAAAGGAUAUGUUACAAAAAACUAUGCAAUUUUGCGCAGAAGUUCUAACAAGUCCAAACGCUGAUCCACGGCAGAAAGAUGGCGCAUUACAUAUGGUUGGAAGUUUAGCAGACGUUCUGCUUAAAAAGAAACUUUAUAGGGAACAAAUGGAUAAAAUGUUAGUACAGCAUGUGUUUCCCGAAUUUAAUAGUCCACAUGGCCAUAUGCGAGCAAGGGCUUGUUGGGUUUUACAUUAUUUCUCUGAAAUAAAGUUUAAACAAGAACAAAUCUUAGUUGAGGCAAUUAGACUGACAACAAAUGCUCUUUUGACUGAUCAUGAUUUGCCUGUUAAAGUUGAAGCUGCUAUAGCUCUUCAAAUGCUUUUGUGUGCACAAGACAAAGCUCAGAAGUACAUAGAACCACUUAUAAAACAAAUAACUCUCGAAUUAUUAGCUAUUAUAAGAGAAACAGAAAAUGAUGAUUUAACGAGUGUUAUGCAGAAAAUUGUUUGUACAUAUACAGAACAGCUUAUGCCAAUUGCUGUAGAAAUUUGUCAACAUUUGGCUGCCACGUUUAGUCAAGUUCUUGAAACUGAUGAGGGUAGUGAUGAAAAGGCAAUUACUGCAAUGGGUAUUUUAAAUACAAUAGAAACAGUAUUGACAGUGAUGAAAAAUCAACCUCAAAUUAUGGCACAAUUAGAACCAACUGUUUUACAGGUGGUAGCUCAUAUAUUUAGUCAAAGCGUUAUGGAAUUUUAUGAAGAAGCACUUUCAUUAGUCUUUGAUUUAACGGGUAUGACUAUUUCUGAAGAUAUGUGGAAGGUUUUAGAACUCAUAUAUCAGCUUUUCCAAAAAGAUGGUUUUGAUUACUUUACUGAUAUGAUGCCAGCAUUACAUAAUUAUAUCACUGUAGAUACACCAGCAUUUCUAUCAAAUGAAAACUAUAUACUUGCUAUGUUUAAUAUGUGUAAAGCUAUAUUAACUGGUGAUGCUGGUGAAGAUCCAGAGUGUCAUGCUGCAAAAUUAUUAGAAGUUAUUAUUUUACAAUGUAAAGGGCAUAUUGACCAGUGCAUACCUUCACUUGUGCAAUUAGUAUUAGAACGUUUAAUGCGAGAAGUAAAAACAUCUGAAUUAAGAACUAUGUGUCUUCAAGUAGUCAUUGCAGCUUUAUAUUAUAAUCCUGCUUUAUGUCUUGAAACAAUGGACAGAUUACAAGGAAAUCUUGGACAAUCUCCAGAGCCAAUUGCAUCGCAUUUUAUUAAACAAUGGAUUCAUGAUACUGAUUGCUUCCUAGGGUUGCAUGAUCGAAAACUUUGCGUUCUUGGAUUAUGUACCUUGAUUAGUAUGGGUCCUGCUAGACCAACAGCAGUGAACGAAUGUGUUCAACAAAUAAUUCCAUCUCUGAUUUUAUUGUUUGAUGGCCUCAAGAGAGCAUAUGCUGCUAAAGUAGCAGAUGGAGAUGAGGAAGAUAAUGAAGAGGAAGAAAGUGAUAUUGAUGAAGAAGUUUUGUCAUCAGAUGAAGAUGAAAUUGAUGAUGCUAGUCAAGAAUAUCUUGAAAAAUUGCAAGAAAAAGUAACAAGGUCUUCAGGACAGCAUGGUUUUAAUGUCAGUGCAUCCAUUCAAGACGGGCAUGGAGAUCAUAGAUCUGAUGUUGAUGAUGAAGAUGAUUCUGAUUAUGAUGCAAAUGAAGAAACUGCUCUAGAAAGUUAUUGUACACCUUUAGAUUCAGAAGAUACAAAUCAAGAUGAAUAUGUUGUUUUCAAAGAAGUUAUGCAAAAUAUUGAAAGAACUGACUCAACUUGGUAUAGGGCAUUAACGAGUCAUUUAACAGCUGAGGAACAGAAAGCAUUACAAGAGAUUAUAGUUUUAGCAGAUCAACGUAAAGCAGCUUUGGAAAGCAAAAGAAUCGAGCAAAGCGGCGGUUAUGCUUUCCAUUCUCAAACUAUACCCACUUCAUUUAAUUUUGGCGGAACACCUUUAAGUCGAUAAGUAUUUUUAAUUAUUUCUAUUUGUAUUGAAUAAGUAAACAAAUUACAAGGCAUCUGAAUUGGAUACUAAUAGAGUACAUAAUUACUACAUGACCAUUUGGAAGACAUUGUGCAUGUCCUAUCUGCUAUUUUUAUGUACACUGAUAGUAAUUGGACAAAAUUUUAUUCUGAUAUGAUGCUUAAAAUAUAUUUCCAUUAAAUCAUGUAUACACAUGCUAUUGUUUCAUUAGUCGAGACAUUAGUAUGACAUUUUAUUUGUCUAGUGAGUGAUAGUGUAUAAUCUUUUAUAGACAUUCAAUAUAAAAAUAAUUCAAUUGACCUAUUGGAAAAACUGCUAUUUGUCUAGUAAGCUUCUGUACAUACUUUAAUAAAUGAACAUAAUUUUAUUUAAAUCUAUAACUUUUGAAUUAAUAAUAAUUUGAAAAAUAAUAGCUUGCUAGACACAUCAUUUUUACUGAUAGUUACACAUAUUUCUACAGAACAUUUAGUCUAUAUAUUUGUUAAUGAAACUAUGUUAAAUUGUUGGUAUGAAUAUUGGGGGACUGUUUUGACUAUAUGACCAAAAUUGCGUAACCUCAUUUUAUAAUAAUGUCUUUACUUUAUGAAAGCUUUUAUUGUACACAAUAUUGCUCUGCUUGUACAGAUGCUGUUCUUUAAUAAAAAGAAAGUAGAAGGUU